CCGGUCCAGCUCUCAAAGCGAAAGCCACUAAACCCUCCUUUCUCUGCCCUUCAUUUUCCAAACCCUAGCCUUCCCCUUCCAUUUCAUCACUCUCACUCUUUCAUGGCACUCCUUCUCCGUAAACCCAAACCCAGAUCCCUCUCUAACCCAUCUCUCAUUCACCUUUUCUCAACUUCCCAAAAUGACAACAACAACAACAACUCCUCCUCCUCUUCCAAACGAUCUUCACUCGACUCUUUUUUCAGUGAUGUCGACGCAAGCCUCAAGAACGACGAUGACGACGACUCCUCUUCCCUAAAAUCUUCACUCGACUCUUUUUUCAGUGAUGUCGGCGCAAGCCGCAAGAACAACGACUCCUCCUCUUCCAAACAAUCUUCACUCGACUCUUUUUUCAGUGAUGUCAGAGCAAGCCUCAGGAAACCGUCCCAGAUGCAACAGCAGCAAAACGCUACCGGUUCCCCAUUCUCUAGAGCAGCUCCCUCCAAAUCAGCUUCGCCCGACGAGGUCAGAAAGAAUCUCUCCGAGUUCCGGCAACGUUCCGCCGUGCCACCACCCCCGGGACCAAACUCUUCAUACAGCGAUUCGAAACCUAGUGGGAAGCUCUCUUUUGAGGCAAUUAGAGAGAGUUUAAGAAAUAUGAGACCAAAUGGUAGUAGUGAUAGUAGUGUCAAUCGCAAUGUGGCUGCUGAUUCGUUGUCGUUAUCGGCGUUCAAGAGUAGCUUGAAACUGAAGCCACAAGACGGUAGCACGGUGAUAGGUGGGACCCAGGAGUUGCCGGCGUCGGUGUUUGGGAGGGAGAUGAGGGAGGAGAGUAGUGGAGAUAGGCAGGCCAUGAGGACGGAGUUUGUGAAAAUCUAUAGCUAUGGAGAAUUGGGGGAUAAGUUGAAGAAUUUGCGAGGGGAGGGAUGGAAAGGAGGAUUUUCGUUGGAGGAGCUAAAUAAAAGAUUAAUGAGACUGAGGGAGAUGGAAGAGAAGGAGAGCGAGUAUCGUAUUGGUGGUGUUUCGUUCGGAGAUUUGAGGGAGAGCUUGGUUAAACUCAAGCUUUCUAGCGACGAGAAAGCCUAUAAAUUUACGAGCCAAUCACUCGAUAUAUUAGGUCAUUUAAAUCAGACACCAAAAUUUUUGAUCCAUCCUCCAAAGGAACAUUUAGUUGAGAAGUAUUUUCAUCCGGAUAACAUGUCUUUGGGUGAAAAAAUGAAAAUUGAGCUUGCAAAAGUUAGAGAAGAAUUUAAGAUGUCAGAAUCAGAUUGUGGAUCUGCUCGAGUACAGGUGGCACAACUCACAACUAAGAUCAAGUAUUUGUCUUCAGUUCUGCACAAAAAGGAUAAACAUUCUAGAAAAGGUCUUAUAGCGAUGGUGCAGAGGAGAAAGAGAUUGUUGAAAUAUCUCCGAAGAACAGACUGGGAUUCCUACUGCUUUGUGCUCACUAAUCUAGGUCUUCGUGACCAUCCGGACUACAAAACAAAAGCUUAAGCUAUGCAAGAUCAAGAACUAGAUUAGAAAGCAAUGUAACCAUCUGAAAAUUCCCUGUUUUUGGAACUUUGUAUUGGUUGAUUUGGGAAUUUUUGUACCUAUUUCAGCUGUCACUCGCCUUCCCCUUCUAGAAAUAAGUAAAUUUGUAGUCGGUUAUGUUUGCCUUCUGCUUGAUGUCUACUGUUGAAUGUUAGACAUAAAUUUAAUAGCACAAAAUAGUACAAGACUUUUGAAAUGUUUAUAUAGUGUUCCAAUGGAUGUAAUUAUAAAGCCUUGUCCCUUAGCAUAUUUUGUACUUGUGAUGGAAAUUUGA